AUGCCCCCACGCUUAAGAGAGACAUGUACGGCAUGUUCGCUGCGCCGGCAGAAAUGCGACCGCCAGGUUCCCUGCGGACGCUGUGUCAAACGGGGCGUGGCUGACCGGUGCACUCGACAGUGGCCCGGCGACAGGUACGAUCCGUCCAUCCAUCGGGUUUACCCAAAAUCACGAUCGAACAAGAAGAAGCGGACCAGCACACCACAUGCUCUCGGUCUUACUCCAUCUUCCGUGACUGAUGUGUCCGAUCCGGGUCCCCUCGAAGGGAUAGAAGCAGCUGCGGCGGAGCCCCAACCAGAACCAGAACCAGACGGUUUGGACGUCAGUUGGACAGGCGGCGACUGGGCGAACGAUGAUCCUCGUCUGCAGUAUUCUUUCCGGCCGUUUGAACGGAAACAACUACGACGGCCUUUAGCUUCUCAGAACAGGCAACAUGCUGCUUCCCCUAGUCAAUGGGUCUCGGCGACAGGAAUCGGGUUCAGCUCCUCGGCCGAUGCCCAAGAGACAUUCCUCCAAAUGCUGAUUCCCGGCAUUGACCACAUCUGGAGGCUGGUCGACUACCAUGAAUUGUUCUUGCUCUGGUACCACGGAUGUUAUCACGGGCCAACAUUACGGUGGGAGCUACACAGCCUUUUGAGCUCACAAGAACCAUCCGCCUCGCUUGUGAUCAGGGGCUUAGACCUUCAAUGGCUAGCUUUGCUGUUCGCCAUCAUGGCCGGCAGCUUGACUUGUGCGACGUCGCGCCAACUCGAGCAAUGGGGCUUCUCCAAAAGUGAGGCUGUCAAGCUGUCGAUGCAGUGGUACAAAGCGACCAUUACGUGUUUGAAUCAGGCAGAAUACACCACCAACCACAGCAUCUAUGCGUUGCACGCCAUCGCCACCCUAACCAUGUCCGCCCAUUCCCUCGGUCGAUCUUCCGAACUGUCGGUCCUUUUGGGCAGUGCCCUCAAGAUCGCCCAAAGCUUAGGGUUGGACCAGCUCUGCCACAAUCCGACAUUGGAGCAGAUUUUGCCUGCAACCUCGGAAGAGAAACGACAUACUUUGCUGCGCACCGAAGUAGGUCGGAGGUUAUGGUCGCAGCUAUGCAUCCAGGAUUGGAUGUCGUUGCCGUUCGCCGAAAGCCACUGCAUCAACCCGUUGCAUUUCACGACCACCAAACCGUCCAGUCGCAACCAUUUGACCAUGGAUCCAAUCCCGGCGACGUUUCCGACGUACAUCAGUUAUGGCAAUUAUCUGUUUGAGAUUGCAAAGCUCAUGGUCGCUCACCACGAGGCCAUGCUGCGUGCGACGACGCCCUUCACCAAAUACGAGCAAGUUCUGGACUUUGACGUUAGAAUGCGCACGCUGGCCACUCAAGGCAUGCCCCGGUAUUUUCAUGUCGUUGAACCCAUCGACCCGGCCUGGCCCGAGUGGGUGUCCUGGGCCCGGCGCAGCCUGACCAUCUGCUUCGCCCACAAGAUCAUUAUGAUCCACCGACACUUCAUUCGGCCGAGCUUCACCAAUCCGGCCUACUCCAUCACCCGCGUAACGUGCGUUGCUGCCGCCAAAACGACAUUGAAUGAAGCAAAACAAACAGACGAAAAGAAUGGUCCCAUCAUCUGGGUCGACAAGGCGUUCUGCGUGGUGGCCGGGAUCGUCUUGUGUUUAGACAUGUUUCACCGUCAAUCGAGGUCAGACCCCGAAUACCAAACCCACCGCGAUUUGGUGGUGGAAUGCAUCGCCCUCUUGCAGAAAUUUGAUACCAGCGUCGUCGCCAUCCGCGGCGCCGGCCUGUUGUCCGCCUUGGUUUCCGAACUCGAACGACAGCCAUCAGCCCCAAGCUGGCCUCCGCAAAACAUCAAAAUGUCCGACAUUUUCAAGUCCCUGGCGGUCGACACCACAGCAGAUAAUGGUCUGCAGAGCAUCAACCCGCAGUCUGCGGCAGCAGCUGGGGGGAUGGACGCUAGAGACAAUAACAUGCCAAUCGUACCGGAACUGUUCCCACCUCAGGCAGGCUUCUGCAAUCGCUUCUUGUUGAAGGAGCUGCUAGAUUUCGAUACGCAGUCAAGAGCUUGA